AUGCUUGGGGUCUCGCUGAAGCGCCACAUGCCCGACUACCCCAGGAUUGUUCUGGGGGUCAAGGGUAUGACCGACGCUAACCAGGCGGUUCUGAAGGAGGCAGGCUGGCACGUCGUUCUGGUUGCAGACUGGAGGUUCCCUGAUAUCGAGUGCAGUGCAGGCAACAAAUCUUGUAUCGACUAUUCGUUCAUAUUGCAGCAGCAGGAUUCGAUGGAAAGGCUCAAUAUUUUCAGGCUGCCAAUCGGCCGUGUUCUUUACAUGGAUGCAGACACGUAUGUAGCGAGCGGCGAGUUGAAUUCCUUACUGAAUGGGACCGACAAAGACCCCGUCCCAGAGGGGAACAUCGGUAUGGUCCCAAACGCGUGCAACAGACUGAAAAUGCACGGUGUCACCGCUCCAUACAGCGCUGGCGUCAUGCUGUUCAAGCCGAACCUCGAGAAGUACCAGAGCAUGCUGGUCAAAGUGGCGGGGGUCAUGUCUGGCAAUGUGACAGGGAUGAGCGACGAGCAGAUCAUUAAUGACGUUUGGGGGAAGCAGGCAACAGCGCUGGACAAGAAGUACAACUGCAUGGACCCGUGGGACUUGCAGGCGGCUGACAAGUGCCAGAAACGAUGCACAGAAGUGGUGGUGUCCCACUUCUUCGGCGGUCCGAAGCCGGCCAUAGCGGACGAGAGGUUCUUAAGCUUUGUCCGUAAGCCUUCUGGUCCAUUCGAGCAAUGUUCCGCAAUGAACCACGGCUCGUGCAACGCCUGGCAAAAUUUCUAUUGCGAUUUGGUGGAUAAUGUGGGGAUGUUGACGAGGCCUCUGCAGACGAACAUAAAGCGCUUGGGUAGUUGUUGCCAUUCGCCACCGCUCGAAAGUGACCCUGCUGACUGCCACUCGGUGCAGGAAGAUUGCCCUGAAACGGUAAGUUUCAACAACAUUUACAAGCUUAACCGCAGUGUGAACAUGGAAAAGCAAGCCCCAUGGUUCGGAAACUACACUAAAGUUACUACAGUGGUCAAGGGUAACAGUACUUUUGCUCCAGAUCCAUUCUUCCAUGGAGGGCGGCCCAUAUAUGCUGGCCCCAACGGGUAUCACUUGUUCUACGCAUUGGAGUCGAAAUAUUGGAUGGUCGGAAAGAACGUUGCGGCGGCGCGUGCGAGAAGCGGCAAAGAGUUGGUUGGGAAUUGGUUGCCAGAGUCCUACGCGUACGAUUAUCAUAUGCAUACAAGAUGUCCUGAGUACACCAAAAAUUGGAAGACCGUCAGGGCCGGCUUCGAAUAUUUGAGCUCGAAGGACAGCACGAUCCUUGUAACCAAUCCCAACGCCGAGGUCGAAAGUUGGGGGUCGGCGGCCCUGUACAAGAAGCACAAGAAGUACGAGAUCUUGGAGCGUAAGCACAAGAGGGCCAGGAUGCGCAGGAUGGCCCAGAUGGAGGAGGAGGGGGUGCGACGACAAGCCACGGACGCAGCCGAGAACCUCGGAGACGAGGUCGUCGACACCGUCGCCAUGCAGACGUCGCUGCACCUGGCGGCGACGACCGGGCACGACGAGGCCGACACGAGCGUCAAGCCCACGAAUGAGGCUCAGCACGAUCGUCCUGAGAAGAGGAUCGCGUACCAGACGCAUCGGGACGUCGAGGACGCGGACGAGCUCGAGGCGCACAAGCAGAUCUACCACAGGGCUGGUCAGGUGCUGGGCGAGUCCCAGCACAUGCGCCACUCGAAGCACAUCCUGCAGUUUGUCAUGUCGCACCCACACGGUCCGGUGCUGCCCCACGGCGGGUGCCUGUACCUCCCCAACGACAAGGUCUGGGCGUCGUUCUACCAGCACAUGGAGCACCCGGUGCCGACGCUCUUCGGUGAGAUGAUCGCCAAUUCGUACUACCCUGGCUGCAAUCAGACCUCUGUGUCUGGCCUGAGGCUCCCGUCUUCGUGCGGCCCCGGGUCCAUGCAGGGCUCCACGGGCUGCUUCAGCGUGGCCAGGCUUGGCAGCGCAGCGGGCGUCGAGGUCUACGAGACCAGCGGCCACCUCGGGCUGCCAGACAAGUGGCCUGCCCUCCUCUCACUUCCUUGCCUCUCGGCGUGCCCCCGAGUGUUUGGCCCUCCUCCGGACAUCGCGCACACGCAGCCGAAGCACCUCAGGAGGUCCAAGGAGGGCGGCAACUGGGGGAGCAAGUGCGGCCGCGAGCUGCCCGAGGUGCCCCAGGCUCACAGGCUGGAGAUCCCGACGAGGUACGUGGUGUGCCAGAAGUCGGACGCCGACCAAACCAUCACCGAGGAGCACGUGAGGGAGCAGAACAGGUGGGCCAACGAGGCUUUCCGCGGCAAGUCGCCCUGGAAAGAGAUGAGCUUCGAUGCCGCGCACCCGGCCUCCGUGGACAUGCAGAUCAGCUUCAAGCUCGUGAACAUCUCUAUCGUGACCGACAUCGCGUGUGCCCGCCAGGGGUUCACGAACACGCAGCUGAUGCACAAGUACAACCAGCACGCGGAGGACUUCUUCACCGUCGUCAUCAUCACGAACGACCAGUCUGGCGUCCUGGGACAGACUGAGUUCCCGCAUUCUUUGGAAGAGGACGACCCGGAGAACAUGGUCGUGGUGUCGUCCGUUGGGUUCCGGGGCGACGCCUCCAGGUACAACGGGGACAUGAUGUACGACGAGGGGGACACCGUGGUGCACGAGGCUGGCCAUGGAUUUGGCUUGUACCACACCUUCGAGGGCAGCUGCAUGGGGCAAGGCGACUACGUCGAUGACACACAGGAAGAGUCGAUGCCGCACUACGACUGCGUCAGCGACCGCUCCUGCGGUGGCGGCAUGGAUCCGGUCCACAAUUUCAUGGACUACUCGCCCGACACCUGCAUGGUGGGCUUCACGGAGGGCCAGAAGCGCCGCGCGUGGUGCGAGCUGGAGAACCACCGCACUGGCCUCUACAAGCAGUCUUUGAAGGAUUAUGUAGAUCGUGGGUAUUUCUCGGUCGAGUGCGUGUCCCUGCUGCUCAGCUUCAAGGUGCGCUUCCGGGAGCGGAUCACCAUCCUCCGCGGGAACCACGAGAGCCGGCAGAUCACCCAGAUUUACGGCUUCUACGACGAGUGCGCCCGGAAGUACAACAGCCAGGGGACUACUUGGAAAUGUUUCACCGACUUGUUCGACUACUUGCCGCUGACAGCGCUUGUGGACAACAAGAUCUUUGCGCAGCACGGCGGCCUCUCGCCACAGAUCGACAACCUCGACGACGUGCGAAAGAUCGACCGGGUCCAGGAGGUGCCGCACGAGGGCCCGAUGUGCGACCUUCUCUGGAGCGACCCGGACGACCGCCUCGGCUGGGGCACCAGCCCUCGCGGCGCCGGGUACACUUUCGGGCAGGACAUGUCCGAAAAGUUUAACCAGUGCAACAGCCUCACGCUUAUCGCACGGGCCCACCAGCUGAUCAUGGAGGGCUACAACUGGUGCCACGACAAGCAGGUCGUCACCAUAUUCUCCGCGCCGAAUUAUUGCUAUAGGUGUGGUAACCAGGCGGCCAUCAUGGAGAUCAACGAGAAGCUUGGGUACGCUUUCGUCCAGUUCGACCCCGCACCGCGGCGAGGGGAACCGAGCAUCGGGAAGUUGCCAGCUGAGUACUUUCUGUGA